UUCUAUUUUGAGUUUGGUGUUAGAUAAGUGAUGUUAUAUUCGGAGCAGAUUUUUCUAAAUUGAUGAGUUUGAUAGAUACCGCCGCAUAUAUUAUUACUAUUUAUCGACUUAUUGUACGCGUUUGACUAAAAUUUAAAUAAAACAAGUUUUCGAAGUCAUAAGUUGUAGGUGAGAGUGCACAAGUGCACUAUACAGGCCUGAUUCAAUGAGGCAAUUCUACCUUGAAACUUGCUAUUGUGAAGAAUGGUGCCUUCAAGGGUCCAUCACCAAGUUGCCUUGUGGCAUUCAGUUUUCACAAGAAUUGGAUUUGUAAAAACUGAGAGAAAACUGCUGCAAUAUCCCGAGGUUACUAGUCUCUUCCCUCAAAAGAAUAACCCGAUAUACACUCAGGAAUUAAGAAAUUUACCUCCAGCGAUUAUUUUGAAGAAUAAUCAGAUAUUAAGCAAGCAAAUGGCGAGUUCUUCAAGAACUGUAAGUGGCCAAUUGAACAGACUUGCAUUGGAAAGAAGCCCCUAUCUCCUCCAGCAUGCAACCAACCCAGUGGAUUGGUACCCAUGGGGUGAGGAAGCUUUCAAAAGGGCCCAGGAGGAAAACAAACCUAUUUUUUUAUCUGUUGGAUAUUCAACUUGUCAUUGGUGCCAUGUAAUGGAAAAGGAAUCAUUUGAGAAUGAAGAAGUGGCAAAAAUAAUGAACGAACAUUUUAUAAACAUAAAAGUUGACCGUGAGGAACGCCCGGACGUAGAUCGAAUGUAUAUGGCUUUUAUUCAAGCAACUUCUGGAGGAGGCGGUUGGCCUAUGUCUGUAUUUUUGACUCCUACUCUUGAACCAUUGGCAGGCGGCACAUAUUUUCCUGUUGAAAGUAAGGGAUUUGGUGUUCCUAGCUUUCCACAGCUACUUCUUAAUAUUUCCAAAGAAUGGAACAAGAACAGUAAGGCUUUAAUGACAUCAGGAAAAUUUAGCCUCAAAGCCCUCCAGGAAGUAAAGGAUAAUAAAACUGAAUCGGCUUCUCUUAAUGAGAAUCAUCUUGGCGAAGAAUGUUGGCAAAAAUGUGCCUUACAACUGUCUCGAUCAUACGAAGCUGACUUCGGAGGGUUUUCUAUGGCUCCGAAGUUUCCUCAACCAUCGAAUCUUAAUUUCUUAUUUCAUAUGUAUGCUAAAGAAAAAGACACAGAAAGGGGCUUUCAGUGUCUUGAAAUGUGUUUGCAUACCCUGAAGAAAAUGGCUUAUGGCGGAAUUCACGAUCAUGUUAAUAAAGGUUUUGCUAGAUAUUCAGUAGAUGAAAGAUGGCACGUGCCCCAUUUUGAGAAAAUGCUCUAUGAUCAAGCCCAACUUGCCGUCUCAUAUUGUGAUGCUUAUAUAUUGACUAAGGACGAAUUUUAUGCUGACGUCGCCAAGAACAUUUUUACAUUUGUAUCUAGAGAUCUGAGUCAUGAGUUGGGUGGAUUUUAUGGUGCCCAAGAUGCAGAUUCCUAUCCUUAUGAAGGUGCUCCUCAUAAAAUGGAGGGUGCUUUCUGCGUAUGGGAAUACGACGAAAUUAAAAAACUCAUUACAGAAAAAACUAACGGAAUCAAACACUUCGAUAUUCUCGCUUACCACUACAGCAUUAGAGAAAAUGGCAACGUGAGUCCCGCGCAAGACCCACAUAAAGAAUUAAAAAAUAAAAACGUGCUGAGUUGCUUUGGAUCUUACGAAUUAACCGCUCGCCACUUUAACAUUUCUGUGGACGAAUUAAAAAAUAUUUUAGAAAAAUCCCAUGAAAUAUUGUACCAAGAACGCCAGCAGCGCCCUAAACCAGACACCGACACUAAAAUUGUCACUUCUUGGAAUGGACUGAUGCUCUCUGCGUUUGCUAGAGCGGGAUUCGCUUUAAAAAAUCAGUCGUAUAUUAAUAGGGCCAUUUUGGCGGCAAAUUUCGUUAAGAAGUUUUUAUAUAACGAGAGUGAAAAAACAUUGUUAAGGUGUUGCUACAGGGGAGAUGAUGGACAAAUUGUUCAAACCUCUAUACCAAUUCGUGGGUUUUUGGACGAUUAUGCCUUCAUGAUAAGGGGACUGCUCGAUUUAUACGAAGCCUCUCUGGAUGCUGAUUGGCUCCAGUGGGCGGAAGUAUUACAAGAGAAACAGGAUACGCUAUUUUGGGAUGAUAAAAGUUCUGGAUAUUUUAAUAGUUCUGCCGAAGAUAAGAGCAUUUUAAUUCGGUCAAAAGAAGAUCAAGACGGAGCAGAACCAUGUGGCAACUCUGUAUCAGUGCACAAUCUCGUCCGAUUGUCCAGCUAUUUACAUCGAAAAGAUUUACGUGAAAAAGCCGGGAAAACUUUACAACACUUUUCAGAAAGAUUGAGAGCCAUUCCUAUUGCUUUACCUGAAAUGACUUCUGCAUUGAUGUUGUACAAAAACUGUCCCACUCAGGUUUUUAUUGCCGGCGCUUCAGAGGAUAACUCAACCCAAGCCUUGCUCGACGUCGUUCGCUCUCACUACAUCCCGGGUCGGGUUCUCGCUAUCGCAGAUGGUCCGGCGGGACGCGCCGGUCUCCUGUAUCGGCGCAUUGAAACUCUGCACCGGCUUAAACCGGUUGAGGGUCGUGCGGCCGCUUACGUUUGCAGAAAUUUCGCUUGCAGCCUACCGGUCACUGAUCCCGGCGAGCUGGCAACGUCACUUGAUGCUCAGGGGUUGAGCAACAGGGGUAAUGUUGAAAAGAAGGAGGACCAGUGAAGAAAAUGCUCAGUUAUUUUUGUUUAGUUAGAUUAGUUUCUUUGUUACGGCGAUGUUAUUAAAUGAGUCGUGUGGAUGCAAAUCCUUCCAAACAUUUGUUAUGUACAACAGUGAAUUUGUUAAGUUUUUUUUAAUGUUUUUAGGGUUUUGAUGCAUAUUUUAUUAAAAAUCUAACAGUUCUUAGAAUUCUAAAGGUAUUCCUUGAGCUAAUUUUGAAUAUUCAAAAAUUACCUGACGGAUUUUGCAUUGGAAUUAAAAAGCCAACAUUUAUAACGUUAUAUUUUUACCAAAACAGCGGAAAAGAUUAAACGAAACCUAAAUUCAGUAAGAAAUUAAUGGAUUAAUACAUGUCGGGCUUACUAUCAAAACAACAUUUUUUUAAGAACAAUUCUUCUUUACAACAAUUUGAUCUCCUCUAAUAUAUCGAUAACAAUUUGUUUUGCUUUUAAAAUAAGUUAUAGUUUCUGCUUAUCACUUGUUCGUACGCAAAUAUUCAUACAAAAUAGAAUAUUCACUGCCCUAUCAAAUCUGCCCAUCGUCGAAAAAAAGCUCCACGUUUACAAUCUUACAAUUAUGUUUUCUUGCCGCGUUCUCACAUUUUUAGGGAAGCAUGUUUUAUUCCACUUCAUUCCGUCUUUUGAACUUAAUUGUAAAUGACUACGUCCACCUAUUCUCGGUUGAUCAAGUGGUUCUUCAAUAAGUUCAUCUUCCUCUAUCUCCUGCUCGCUAUCAGACUGGUGAUCACUGAAGAUUUCAUACUGUGGAUCCGCUUCUGAAGCCUCAGAAUCUGAAUAAUUUUCAGGAUCGGAUGAAACUUCUUCAUAAAGUUGGGUCAAUUUUUGUACCUUUUUUUUCAUAAGGAUCCAUUUUUUCUGUAAAAACAAACAAGCCGUAAAUAUAAUUCAUAUUUUUUUCUAAAAAGCAAACAAAUCUUAAAAUAAACCAAAAUAAUUAAUAAAAAUAAAAAUUACCAAAAGGAACGCGUUGGGUCUGCGAGACCGAAAUUAACUAUAAAAUUGUUGUUUCUCACUUGCCUGGGCCAAAACUACUGAUAAAUGCGUAUCGGUGCAGCACUAAAAGGUACUAGAGCGCGCACUAAUUGGCGCGCUUUUUUUUCAGAAUUACAGAAACAAAUAUUUUUGUCUGGGUCUAUUAGACCCGACGCGUUUACUGUGGGGUUAAAAAAUGUUAAUCCGACAUCUUUUGGACAUAUAACAUGGCCAUAAUCAGGAAUAUAAAUUAAGGGGUUCUGUCAAUACAUCUUAUAGAUCUAGUGCCCCAGACAAGUUAAAAGGUUAAAACGCUGAGGCACUGAGAAACAUGUCGGAUUAAUAUUUUUUAAAUCAAUUUAGUGGAGGAUGACCGAAAUACGUUUGGUUACCCAUUGAUCUAUUAAUUCUAUUGCAAGAAUGGACUAUUUCUUCAACUUUAGGGGUUUAAAUGUUGAAAUCUACAUCUUUCUUAAGAUUCUUCAUGUUUUGGCAGCAGUUUCUUUGUCCGGAGGCUUUUCUGUAAUAAUUACCCGUCUUUGGUUAAUGAAAUAACAAUUUAAAAACACUGUUGCGCGCCAACAGUGUUUUUAAAUUGCCAUUUUAUUCUCUCUUGAGGGAGAUCCUUUUAUUAAAAAUCUCUUCAUAACCCUCUCUACCUAUGCUCUAUCAUGGCAAGGUUCUCAAAAGUUUCAAGCUCUUGUCUUGAUCUUAUUGUGUUGAUUUCAAGACGGAAGUAAUUGUAGAUAAGACAGUACAAGAAAUUGUACUUUAAGACCAAGAUUUCUCGUCAAGAAAAUUCAAAAUCUUGACUAACAAUUAAAACUCUAAACUCUAACCUAUUUAUACAUAACAUUCGUUAAUUUGUUGAACGCAUUUUUUGCUAGAUUGAUUCACAAACAUUUUAAUUAAAAACUGAAGAAACACAUUUAGUAAUAAAUUUAACACAUUUUUGGAUUCAUAAGUCAGUAACUAAGACACAUACUUAUUGGGUAAACGUCUUGCCGGUUUCUUGGCUUUGGUACUGUUAAAGUUGCUCUUGAAAAUAGCCUUUCCACAGGUUCAUAUGUUGCUGGUGUUAUGGGAAAAACCUUGGCCAUUUUUGAUAAAGACGGAAUUUUCUGUCUUAGGCUCAUUUAAAUAGUUUUUAAUUUUAUACUUCCAAAAUUCUGAGUUACAUCAUUAUCAUUAUUUUUAAUUUCAGUUUAGAUCAUAAAUUUUAUUAGCUUUCUUAAAUAAGUAAUGAAUAUCAAAUUCAUUAUCUUCUUUCUCAAGACUCAGUGUCGGUUCUAAUAAUCGAUUAUAUAUGUCGUAGCCAGAAUAUAAAAGCUCUCGUUUUAUAAAACGACUAGGCGUUUAUAAAAUGACAACUUUGCCAGAAUGUUAAACGGUAACGUUUUCACCGUUUAACAUUCUUGCGGGUGGAGUAUUUCAGUCGGUUUGUAAAAUACGAAUUCUAUUUAAAAGUAUUUAAUAAAAUAUAAAUUAUUGAUAUCAACAUACAUAUUUGGCAGCACUAAGCAGAUAAAAAUUGUCCUUGUAGCUAUAAGACAGUUAGAUGAAUAUGUUAGUACGCUUUAUUUUAUGAAUAAAACAAAUGAAUAAAAA